AUGCGUUUGCACAUUUACCUCACCUCGAAGAACUUUACUCUCCUGAUUUUACUCUCCUUUUUUGUUACUCUCCUUUUUUGUUACUUUCCUUAUUUUACUCUCCUUUUUUGUUACUCUCCUUUUUUGUUACUCUCCUUUUUUCUCCUUUUGGAUACUCACCUUUUUGUUACUCUCCCUUGCGUUACUUUCCUUUUUUGUUACUCUCCUUUUUAUAGUCUCCUUUUUGAUACUCAUCUUUUUGUUACUCUUCUUUGCAUUACUCUCCUUAGCGUUACUCUCCUUUUUUUUAUUCUCCUUUUUUGCUACUCUCCUUUUUUUGUUAUUCUCCUUUUUUGCUACUCUCCUUUUGGUUACUCUCCUUUUUUGUUACUCUCCUUUUUGUUGCUCUCCUUUAUGUUACUCUCUUUUGUUGUUACUCUCCUUUUUAUACUUUUUUCUACUUCCUUUUUCUAUUCUCUUUUCUACUCUCCUUUUUGCUAUUUUCCUUUUUGUUAUUCUCCUUUUUUGUUACUCUCCUUUUUGUUACUCUCCUUUUUUGUUACACUCCUUGUUACUCUCUUUUUUUUACUCUCGUUUUUGUUACUCUCUUUUGUUGUUACUCUCCUUUUUAUAGUCUCCUUUUUGAUACUCACCUUUUUGUUACACUCCUUUUUUGUUACUCUCCUUUUUCUACUCUCUUUUUUCUACUCUCCUUUUCCUACUCUCUUAUAUACUCUCCUUUUUGUUAUUUUCCUUUUUUAUAGUCUCCUUUUUGAUACUCACCUUUUUAUUACUCUCCUUUUUUACUCCCCUUUCUUGUUGCUCUCCUUUUUUGUUAUUCACUAUUUUUGGUACAUUUCUUUUUAG